GCACGCACGGCAGACGCCCGGGUCGCCUCCUCUGUGUUCUCUGCGCGGUAGAGAAAGCCGGCCCAGCUUUGCUUUGCCGAGGACGCGGAGCUCAGCCUGCUCCCAGCGCAGCUCAGAGCCAAGCCAAGAGGUGAAGCCAGCCGGGGGACCACCUUCUUUCUCCGCUGCCUGUCUAGCCGGAGACUUCCCGUUCUAUCCCAUCCCCCGCCCUGAACUCCGAUCUCUUCCCCACCCCACCCCUUGGGGGUUUCACGCGGACAGCGCCCCGGAGCCCAGGGCGUGUCAUCGGGUUGAAAUCCACGUUUCAGCACUUCGGACAGCGCCCCAGGCUCCCGGGCUCCUUGGGCUUUCAGGAUGGCGAGCCUGCAGCAGGGCGAGAAACAGCUGUUUGAGAAGUUCUGGAAAGGGACCUUCAAAGCGGUGGCCACUCCGCGUCCCGAGAGCAUCAUUGUCGCCAGUAUCACAGCCCGCAAGCCGAUGCCAAGGACAGAGCCCCAGAGCAGUCUCUUGCUCCCAGAUCAGGAUGGACCUUCAGAAAAGCUGGGCCAACGUCUGGCCACUGAGGCCCUUGGUACCAACAGCUGGGGAAGAGAGACGGCCUGCAGGGAGCUGGGUCCUGCCAGAGCACACAGUGCCUCUCAAGACCGAGACCCGACACCACCACCUUCCUCCAGGGGGAAAAAGAAAAAGAAGAAAUCGACCAGGAAAAAGAGGAGGAGGUCCCCGUCCUACAGCCCAUCACCAGUCAAGAAGAAGAAGAAGAAAAGCUCCAAGAAACAUAAGCGACACAGGUCUUUCUCCAAAAAAAGGAGACACAGUUCCUGUAGCCCUAAAAGCAAAAGACGGGAAGAGAAGAGGCACAAAAAACAAUCUCGAAGCCGGAAGUCCCACCGACAUAGACAUCACCGUGACCCCUCAAGGUCUCAGAGCUCAGAGCUGCGCUCCCCCAGCUGCGAGAGCAGGCACCGAGGUCGGUCUCCUGAGGAAGGGCGGAAAUCCCGCCGAACACACUCCCGCCGCUGCUCCAAGAACCACUGCAAGGUCAGCCCAGAGGCCCGGUCCAGCCACCUGCCCAGCCAGCCCCUCCAGAGGCUCGGCUUCCUGUCAGCCAGGGGUGUAAUCUCUGGGUCGGGGUCUGCGGCUGACCUCUUUAGCAAAUCGGCCAGCCCGCUCGCAGCCUCCCGAGGGCGCUCGCAGGAGUACGACUCCGGCAAUGACACGUCCUCGCCGCCCUCCACACAAACCAGCUCGGCCAGGUCUCAGGGCCAGGAGAAGGGGAGCCCCGGUGGGGAUCUGAGCAAGAGUCGGGACCUCAACUGCGGCAACACCUCCGAUUCAGGGAACUCCUUCACCACCUCCUCCCCCCAGAACAAGGGGGCUGUCUUGGAGAAUGUCUCUCCAGCCUGCAGGAACAGUGAGUCAAGAGGGUUUCAGUCCCCGUGCCUCCAGUGUGCAGAGGUGAAGAAGUCUAGUUUGGUCCCAUCCACAGCCCGGAGCUCUCCCAUCAAAGAGUGCUCCCGUAGCUCCUCCUAUACCAGCACUCGAUCCUCCAGUCCCUCAUCCAGGUCCCCAAACCCCAGAGCCUCCCCCAGGUACACCCGGAGCCGGUCCACCUCCUCUGAAAAAAGGUCCUACUCUCGCUCUCCCAGCUAUUCGUCCAAGUCUGGCAAGAGGAGCCCACCCAGCAGAAGCUCCAGGUCUCGUCGAAGUCCCAGCUACUCCCGCUACAGCCCCAGCAGGGAACGAGACCCAAAGUAUGGUGAGAAGGAACCACAGCCCCGAGAACGUGCGCGCAGGAGGAGACGGUCCUAUUCGCCCAUGAGGAAGCGCCGGAGAGACUCCCCAAGCCACCUGGAGGCCCGGAGGAUAACCAGCGCCCGCAAACGCCCCAUCCCCUACUACCGACCCAGCCCCUCCUCCUGCAGCAGCCUCAGUAGCGCCUCCUCCUGGUACAGCAGCAGCAGCAGCAGCCGCUCCCCCAGCCGCAGUUACUCCCGGAGCCGGAGUCCCAGUCGCAGCCGCAGCAGCCGGAGCCAGACCCGGAGCAGGACGCGGACCAGCCGCAGCUCCAGCUCCCGCAGCCUCAGCCUGGGCUCCCGGAGCCGCAGUCGGAACCGGAGCCUGAGCUACAGCUCAGCGGAAAGCUAUGCCAGCACGAGGCGCUAAGUGAAGGCCCUCUGUCGAGCCAGCUGCCCACCGGGAGGACCCCUCCGUACUCCGCAGUCUCCUUUACUACCUGCCUUUCAGAUCAUAUCCCCCGGGUGACAUUUACGGAAUGCUCCUGACUCCUGUCCUCCAUGGUUUCCUGGGAAGGUGGCAUGGGAUACAGGGACUUCCAUUCCUUUGCCAAGCUGUUAGGAGUCUCUCUACCAGCACCUGGGGCUCACCAGGGCGGACAGAGAGGACCACCUGUGGAAAGCUAUGAUUCAUGACUCAAAAGUGUGGGCCUGGCCAAGACGUGGAGAUGGCUCUGUUCUGCUCACCCACUGCUCACAGGAAAUCUCCUAGAGGCCAGGGUUAAUCCGUCCCUCCUGUCCCUUCUUCCUCCUCCCGCCCUCAUUCUGUCUCCUGGCUGCACAGUUUGGAACCAGUGUUGGGAAAAGAGGAGUGCGAGGGUGGUUGAAAUUCUAGAUAAGAGCUCGGAGUUUUUACCUCCAGCUCCUAGGUCCUUCUAUGAGAGGUCAGACACAAGCAAGGGAGAUUGCAGGGAAGAUUGGAAAUGGGUUCUCUAGUUAUAAGUAUAGCCGCGAAGAGUCAGGUUAUCUGCCUUCCUAGUAUGUCAGCAUGGUCAAGGGAAGGGAGCCCGGCAGGUUCCAGCUCUGUGGAGGCCGUUACACAGGGCCCCGUGACACCCCAGGGAUAAUAAGGAGACACUGGAACAGUCAGCAUACCUUGGGCUACAGCCCUACAUCCCAAAUUUGCCUCAUCCCCGGGAGCUGGCACAGAUUUGAUUCCACGGGACCAUCUGCUGAGCCUUCUCAGUGCCGUGGCUAGUGGCCAGCAGCCAGCCCCCAGCGCCAGCCAGUCUGCCCUUGCCCUCCAGUUGGCGCCUGCCAGCCCCCCCCCUCCACAUUGCCCAGUCUGCCACACCCUGGAUUCUACCCAGGGCAGCCUGCCACCUGCUGUCCUACAUGAAGACCACUCUCCUUGCCUCUCAGGAAUUUUGCCAAGACAGGACACUGCAUUGUAAAUCAGUGUUGUGGGGAAACGACUCAGAUACAGAGAACCUGUGACAGAGGGACUUAAAUGAUCCCUGUCUCGAGCUCUUGCUAGCUUCUGAGUUUGCUGUCAGCUAAGGGAAAUCCAAUCAAACUUAGGAAGUACCACACUUAAGAAAGCUAUAGAAGUACCCUUGUGCCCAGGGCUGGCCAGCAAGGGUAAGCUGCCCUCUGAUACAUAAAUGCCACCAGCUGCUCUGUCUGCAGAAGAUACUGGGAACAGACAGGCAAGAGAGAUGGUCCUUAAAAUAAACCCAUGGGCAUCCCCCUCACCAGCUGCCUGGCUUUCCUGAGCCUUGUGGGUGUCAAGUUUGUGAUGACAACAGUCGAGCAGAGCCAGGGCACAUGGAGAAAGAGCUUCUCUCCCAGCUUUGAAUAGUUGCUAGGACAGUUACUUAGCCCUCUUGCCUCAAGGAAAACAUCUGGAGGUGGGGGAGGAGUUCCCAUUAUUAAAGCAGUGAUCUUCCCCAUGCCAAGCUUUCCCAGCCUAUCCUGAUGCCUGGGGGUCCAGUGAGCACCAGGCAAGUUCUUCAUCCGUCAGGAGAAGAGGCCGAGGAUCAGUGGUCACAUCAUGGCUUCUGGCCCAGACAGAAACUCCACCCACUGAAACUCAUGGAUGCCUAUGCUGACACCACGGGAGGCCGGAUGGCAGGUGCCUGACACAGGAGUAGAUGCCCCCGGGAGGGCAUGUGCAGCAACUGUAAAUAACCCUCGUCCCCACCCAGGAUGCCAACCAAGCCAACCAAGCCUCAUUUUUUUUCCAUGGAGACAAAGGCUUCCAGGAGCUAAUAAACCCUCCUCAGCAGGACAGCUUAUGAAGGCAGGAGAGCCUGUCCGGAAGACACAGACUAACUUCAUUCAAACCACUCUAGGGGACCAUUUUGCCUGGGGCUCCUAGCAAACAUUUUUUUUUAUUUAU